AUGAAGGUCACCAUAAAGACCACACAACAAAAGGUCUUCCAGAUCGACGUCGACCCCGCCGAGUCCAUCGCCGACCUCAAGGCCAAGAUCGAGCAGUCCCACGCGCAUCCCGCCGCGUCUCAGAAGAUUAUCUACUCGGGCAAGAUCCUCACAGACGACAAGACAAUCGACUCAUGCGGCAUCAAGGAGAAGGAUUUUCUCGUCCUUAUGGUCUCAAAGCCAAAACCUACCCCGGCUCCUGCUCACCCCGAACCCGCACAAGUUGCAGAACAAUCUACCCCUGCUGCCCCGUCCUUGCCACCCUCCGUCGCUGCCCCAAUCCCAGCCCCGUCUACCACUGAGCCCGCCCCAGCUGCACCCGCUCCAGACGCUCAGCCACCUGCAUCCGAUGCACCUGCUCCCGCAUUUGUAGAUCAGACCUCGUUCUUGUCCGGAGACCGCCUUCAGUCCGCCAUCAACAACUUGGUCGAGAUGGGCUUCCCCAGAGAUCAAGUCCUGCGCGCUAUGCGCGCUAGCUUCAACAAUCCAGAUCGCGCAGCUGAAUAUCUGAUGACUGGAAUCCCAGCCCACCUAGAGGCUGAAGCUGCACCCCAACCUCCCGCCGCUACCGCUGCACCAACGCUGCCUGCCAACCCAGCUGCCCCCGCAGCAGCAGCUCCAGCACCUGCUCAACCUCAAAAUCAGCCCCAGAACCUAUUCCAGCUUGCACAGCAACAACAGCAGGCGGGAUCAGGCGCCCAACACCCAGCUGCCCCAACUGCCGCAGGCCCUGGUGGGCUCAAUUUCGAAGCUCUGCAGAACAAUCCUCAGAUACAACAACUUCGCGAGCAAAUUCGCCGCAACCCUGAGCUCAUUCAGCCUUUGAUUCAGCAACUCGCUACUCAAAAUCCUGCCAUCGCUCAAAUGAUCGCACAGAACCCAGAAGCCCUCUUCCAACUUCUCGGCGUUGAGCUCGACGACGAAGAUGGCGCAGGUCCCGUCCCACCUGGCGCUCAUGUCGUCAAUGUGACAGAAGAGGAACGGGCGGCGAUCCUAAGACUCGAGGCCCUGGGCUUCCCCCGGCAAGCCGUUCUCGAGGCCUACUUCGCCUGCGAUAAGAACGAGGAGCUCGCAGCAAACUAUCUCUUUGAAAGUCAGUUCGACGAUUGA